AUGGCGGUAGCGGCGGCGGCGGCAGCGGCGGCCGGGCCGGCCGGCGGGGGAGGCGGCCGAGCGCAGCGGAGCGGGCUGCUGGAAGUUUUGGUGCGGGAUCGCUGGCACAAAGUUCUGGUGAACUUGAGCGAGGACGCCCUGGUUCUGAGCUGCGAGGAGGGCGCUGCGGCGUACAACGGCAUCGGGACCGCCACCAAUGGCUCGUUCUGCAGGGGCGCCGGCGCGGGGCACCCGGGCGCGGGCGGCGCGCAGCCCCCGGACUCGCCCGCCGGGGUCCGCAACGCCUUCACCGACCUGCCCGAGCAGGUGCCCGAGUCCAUCUCGAACCAGAAGCGCGGCGUGAAGGUGCUGAAGCAGGAGCUGGGCGGGCUGGGCAUCAGCAUCAAGGGGGGCAAGGAGAACAAGAUGCCCAUCCUCAUCAGCAAGAUCUUCAAGGGGCUGGCGGCGGACCAAACGCAAGCCCUGUACGUAGGGGACGCCAUCCUGUCCGUAAACGGGGCCGACCUGCGGGACGCCACCCACGACGAGGCGGUGCAAGCGCUGAAGCGCGCUGGCAAGGAAGUGCUGCUGGAAGUGAAGUAUAUGCGGGAAGCCACACCCUACGUGAAGAAAGGCUCCCCAGUAUCCGAGAUCGGGUGGGAAACGCCUCCGCCAGAAUCCCCGCGGUUAGGCGGCGGGUCCUCAGAUCCUCUGUCAUCACAGCCCUUCUCCUUCCAUAGAGACCGGAAAAGCAUCCCUCUCAAGAUGUGCUUUGUCACUCGGAGCAUGGCCUUGGCUGACCCUGAGAACAGGCAACUUGAAAUCCACUCUCCAGAUGCUAAGCACACGGUGAUCCUGAGAAGCAAGGACUCAGCCACUGCCCAGGCCUGGUUCAGUGCCAUCCAUUGCAAUGUCAGUGACCUGCUCACCCGAGUGAUCACCGAGGUCCAAGAGCAGCUGGGGAAGACGGGCAUUGCUGGGAGCCGGGAGAUCAGGCAUCUUGGCUGGCUUGCAGAAAAGGUGCCCGGGGACAGCGAGAAACCGUGGAAGCCAGCCCUGGUUGUGCUGACUGAGAAGGACCUUCUAAUUUACGACAACAUGCCACGGAGGAAGGAAGCCUGGUUCAGCCCAGUUCACACGUACCCUCUCCUUGCCACCAGGCUGGUCCAUUCAGGUCCAGGGAAAGGAUCACCCCAGGCUGGUGUAGAUCUGUCCUUUGCAACACGAACUGGUACCAGGCAGGGUAUUGAAACGCAUCUCUUCAGGGCUGAGAUCAGCAGGGACCUCUCACAUUGGACAAGGAGCAUAGUACAGGGGUGCCAUAACUCAGCUGAACUCACUAUUGAAGUCACCACAGCUUGCACCUAUAAAAACCAGGAGUGCCGGUUGACCAUACAUUAUGAGAAUGGAUUUUCUAUUACCACUGAACCACAGGAGGGUGUCUUUCCCAAGACAAUCAUACAGGCUCCUUAUGAAAAGCUGAAAAUGUCUUCAGAUGAUGGAAUCAGGAUGCUGUAUUUAGAUUUUGGAGGCAAAGAUGGAGAGCUUCAACUGGACCUUCAUUCCUGCCCCAAGCCGAUUGUUUUCAUCAUUCAUUCCUUCCUGUCAGCUAAGAUUACAAGGCUGGGGUUGGUGGCCUGA